AUGCCCAAGGUUAAUUCUGGUGUUGUGACUGGGCUGUCUCCGCCGCAGCCCGAGGAACCAUAUCACAUCUUGUCCAAUAAGCAAAAGUGGAAUCUCGUCAUCCUCGUCUCCUUAGCGAGCUCCUUCUCGCCAUUAUCGUCGAAUAUAUACUUCCCCGCGAUUGACACGAUAUCCAAGGACCUGCAAGUAAACGCAUCUCUUGUGGCCCUUACCAUCACAGUUUAUAUGGUAGUUCAGGGUUUAGCUCCGUCCUUCCUAGGUGCCGUCUCCGAUGCCUACGGCCGUCGCCUUGCAUUCACAACAACUCUCGUCGUUUACACGGCAGCCAAUCUCGCUCUAGCCUUCACCUCUAAUUUUCCCAUGUUGCUCGCACUGCGUGCCCUCCAGGCAGGGGGAUCUGCAGCAACUAUUAGCAUUGGCGCUGGUGUUAUUGCUGACAUUGCUUGGCCACAAGAACGUGGUGGCUUUAUAGGAACAAACGCCGGGGUUCGCAUGACGGGGCAAGCAAUUGGGCCGAUCAUUGGAGGCGCAUUAAAUAGCAUAUGGGGUUUUCAGAGCAUAUUUUGGCUACUUUUCACCCUCAGCAUGAUUGUACUAGGCGCGCUCCUAAUCUUCCUUCCGGAGACACAGCGCAGCAUAGCAGGCGAUGGGUCCAUCGCUGUCUCUGGUUUUCAGAAACCCUUCAUCUAUUUUAUCAAAGCGCCAUCAGUUUGGACAGAAAAUACUCAAACGAGCAGUGCUUCGACACCUCGAGCGCCAAUAUCCUUCAAAGAAGUGUUUAGUCCCCUGGCAUAUAUCUUUGAAAAAGAUAUCGCAGCACUUUUGGCCUGGGGUGCUGUGGCUUAUACGGCGUGGAGCAUGGUUACAUCUUCUACCACAACAAUGCUGCUCCUCGGCUUUCCUUUUCUUAAGCCGUGGCAAAUUGGGCUAUGUUUUCUCCCAAAUGGGCUUGGCUGCAUCGUCGGUUCACUUAGUACUGGCUGGUAUUUGGACCAGAGCUUUAAUCGAGCUCUGGCGCGUUACAAGGUGGAACACGGUAUCCCUUUGGAAGACGAUAUCGCGCACAGGCGCGACUUUCCUUACGUGCAGGCCCGUCUACGACUCAUUCCUGUAUUUAGCAUUGUACUCAUGGCUUGUCUGGCAUUUUACGGACCCAGUUUCGAGUUCAAUGACUUGCGACAGCAAUUUGGUCCAAACUUGGCUGCGCCGCUCAUCCUCCAAUUCCUAAUCUCCUUCUCGGCAACUGCUAUCUUCAACAUCAACUCGACUGUCCUGAUUGAUUGCUUUCCCGAGCGACCUGCGAGCGCAACGGCACUCAACAACUUGUGUCGAUGUCUACUGGGAGCGGCGGGAGUAAGCGUUAUACAGCCACUGAUCGGUGCCGUAAAGGCGAUGAGCGCGUUCUUCGUCGUGAGUGGCGUUGUAUUAUUGUUUACUCCACUAAUCUGGAUUGAAUGGAAAUGGGGGGAGAAGUGGAGGCAACAGAGAGAAGAGAGACUUGCUCAACAAGGCAAGCUCUAG